CGUCGGCCACAUGUGCAGCAGCCUAAGAGGGAGGCCUCACGACCCACCUGGCUGCCUCCUUGCCCACGCUCCCUGAGGCCGGGUCAACCUGCCAUCGGGCUGAGUGUGCAGGGUGGUUUUGCUCAGCCCUUCCCGGGAGCGCCCCUGAGCUCCGUUCACACCAGAAUGGGAGCAGGGGAGAGAGCGCAAGUGGAUCCAGCAGCUCCUCUCCAGGCGGAUCACGGCAUCACCUCCUUUUCCUGAAGCACGCUCCCUGCUGAUGGCGCACGGCAACCCCCUCUCCUGCAGCUCUAGGUUACUGUGAGCACGGCUGCGGCGCCACCACCCCAGAAAGAGAGCCCCCCGCAGCCAAGGCAAAGAGAGCCGCAGUACCCAGAGGAGCAGGGAGUGGCCGGCCUGCAGGGGAAGCAGCCGCAACGCAGCAGCACAGCAGGGACAGCGACAGCCAGCCUCAGAGCACAGGACACCGCGUGGCAUCUGUUUCUCCUGGGGUGACCCAAGAGAGUGUUCGGAGAGCCACAGCCUCUAGCCAACACCGGCUUCCGUGCCGAGCGCCCCGCCGCCAUGGCUGAGGGGGAGGUCACCACCUUCACAGCACUGACCGAGAAGUUCAACCUGCCUGCAGGGAACUACAAGUUGCCCAAACUCCUCUACUGCAGCAACGGGGGCCACUUCCUGAGGAUCCUGCCGGACGGCACUGUGGACGGCACAAGGGACAGGAGCGACCAGCACAUUCAGCUUCAGCUGAGUGCGGAAAGCGUGGGGGAGGUGUAUAUAAAGAGUACGGAGACCGGCCAGUACUUGGCCAUGGACACCGACGGCCUUUUAUACGGCUCGCAAACACCCAGUGAGGAGUGUUUGUUCCUGGAACGGCUGGAGGAGAACCACUACAACACCUACACGUCCAAGAAGCACGCCGAGAAGAACUGGUUCGUGGGGCUGAAGAAAAACGGGAGCUGCAAGCGCGGUCCUCGGACUCACUACGGCCAGAAAGCCAUCUUGUUCCUCCCCCUGCCGGUCUCCUCCGACUAAAGACCUCUGUCCCGGGUGCUGCCCACUCCAGAGGAGCCUCGCGGGGUCCUCAUCUGGUUGACCCCAAAAUGUUCCCUUGACCUUUGGCUGCACUGACCCCAGCCCACAGAGCCCGAGUUUGUAAGCAACGCGCUUCUACGUGCCUGGUCCCCUUCUCGGCAGAGCCCUUUCCCCCAGCACAGUUUGGAACAGAGGGAUCGAAUAGCUUCUAGGGGGCCAAGUGGCCGGCCAGUCUGGGUUUGAGUUGGGAUGGGCAGCUGGGUGCCCUGGGCACCUGCUGUGGGCAGAGGUGGGGCCAAGUGAAGGGGGUUAAGGUGCCCGCCAACUGGGUUAUUACUAACACCUACCAUUUCCCUCUGAUAAGCCAGCCCUGUGAGGCUCCCACACAUCUGGCAUGACCCCCAACAUCUGGCAUGACUCCCUUUCAUCUUGCAGUACCCCAAUAAUAUGAGCAGAGGAACUGAAGCCAGGUCAGAGAGAAGCAGUGUUCCACGAGUACACACAAGAACAGGGGGACUGGCACUGGAAGGGGGACAGUGCACCUUGGUGGGCAACUGAGAAAGAUGGGACGUGGAGUAAAUGACAGAGGGGAGGCUUGGCCACCAGCAGGCAGGACAAAUCCCUGGCCUUGAUCUUCCCACGGUCAUUCAGCAGCGGGAAGCCCCGAGAUGAUGUCAGGUGGAGAUUAGGACAGAUUGUUCCGGAUAAAAGCAAGGACAUCAGAUGUUGGGAAACUCAGCCAGUCUGGGAGCACAUGUGGGAGUGAUGAGAAAGAAGGGAAAUGCCGGCUGAGGGGAUGCUGCCUCUAAAGAGGACGGCUCUGCAAGGGAGGAAAAGGACAGAGAGGCCAUGGGUUGUGCUCAGCCAGCAGGAAGCAGAGGCUCUGGGGUCCUGGUGCACGGCUGCUCCAGCACCCAGGAGCUGUCUCCUCCUUGGGAGCCCUGGCGGCGUGCAGAUGCUGACUCAGUGGGGCUGGGUAGGGUUGCUACGUUUCCACUGGGCUCCCAUGCUGGGGCUGCAGCCACCUCCCCCAACACACAUCAAGGAGCAGGGGUUGAAAGAGUGGUAUUCCGAGAUGGCUCAAACCCCUGAUCCUCUCCUCGCCCUUAAAAUCACCCUCCUGACCACGAGUCUCUCUGGGCAGGCAGGAGGCACGGACGGAAGACGUAGAUGUGCUAGGUUCGGUUUUAAGGCGCUCUGGCCCAGGGCCUGUGAAAUGCCCAUUCAGGAGACAUACAAAAGCAUGCUUCAAAAAUGGUAAACCCUCACAAACAGCUUUCCCCAAGAGCCCAUUUGUGUUACCAUUACUUGUAUAAAUACGCUUCCUGCUUAAGGUAAACUUGACCCAAGUGGCUAGCAAAUUAGAAACACCAUUCAUCUCUGACAUACGAUACUGAGGCCAUGGAAAGGCCUUUAAUAAGCCAUUUACAUUUACUGUGAGGCUCUGUUUUAAUCACAUUUUAAAAUAUAUAGCUUGAAGGCAGUUACACUGAUGAGCGUUCAGCCGCUGAGAAUGAUGAUAAUAGGAUAUGAAGUAUAAGCUACUCAGUUACCUAAUGCUUAGACUACAUUGACCUAUAAAAUGAGAUUUUUCUGCUUUGCACAGUCUAUCACAAGGUUUCCUUUGGAAAUGGGUUCUCUUCAGCAAUGAUAUGAUAGUGGUGAAUGAAAGCUGAUGAGAACGUUAGCUCAUGUUGUACAAGGACCUGAAGCAUUACAAACUGGAAAAGAAUUCCUUAGUGACUAAACUGUCCCUUUGCAAAUGGAAGGAAAAAGUGACACCAAGUAAGGGGACAGCGUGCUCAAAGGCAGCGAUCUGCUUAGACAGCAAAAUACUCUCAGAACCUUUUGUUUCUGGAACUUGGAAGAGAGGAUUCAAUCUUGUUUUAGCAAAUCUUUGCAGGCAGGUUACAGAUCAUGCAGU